AUGUUGGCUAUGGCUUCUACUCGACAGGCCCUUCGGCGUCGUGCGCCCUGCCGGAGGGCCAUCGGCAUGCUCGUCAAGCCAACUAAGACGUCCAUCAGCUCUGUCCUCCAAGUCUCGGAUGAGGUCAGAGAGGCUCUGCACGGCUCCAAAAAGAGACCCGUUGUGGCAUUGGAGACUACUAUUUACACUCACGGCUUCCCUUACCCGGACAAUGUCGCUCUUGCAUCCCAUCUUGAAAGCAUCGUGCGUACUAUGGGAGGUGUUCCCGCAACCAUCGGCAUUCUGGAUGGCGUGGCCCGCGUUGGACUGGACCCUGAGGAGCUUAUUAGGAUAGCUGCUUCCGCUGGCAAGGAGGGUACCAUGAAGAUCUCGCGCCGUGACUUAGCUUACAGCUGCGGCCUGAGACUCCUGGGCCCCGACCAGGGAAGGUUCACCGGCGGUACCACGGUGGCAGGUACCAUGAUCCUGGCCCAGCUUGCAGGCAUCAAGGUCUUCGGAACCGGCGGCCUUGGUGGUGUCCACCGCGGCGGCGAGAACACCAUGGAUAUCUCUGCCGAUCUGACUGAGCUUGGGAGGACGCCAGUUGCUGUUGUCAGCAGCGGUUGCAAGAGCUUUUUGGAUAUUCCCCGAACUCUCGAGUACCUCGAGACCCAAGGUGUUGCUGUUGCUACCUUUGCCGAUGGUCGCACUGGCUCUGUCGACUUUCCCGCUUUCUGGUCGAGAGAGAGCGGCGUCAAGAGCCCGUCGGUCGUUCAAAAUGAGAAGGAGGCCGCUGCUAUGAUCUACGCCCAACAUGCUCUGGGUCUGUCCUCCGGUAUCAGCUUUGCUAACCCUGUCCCCACUUCUGCGGCAAUUCCUAAGGAGGAGAUCGAUGGCAUCAUUGAUCAGGCUGUCGCCGAAGCUGAAGUGCUUGGCAUCUCCGGCGCCCGCAAUACUCCUUUCAUCUUGAACAAGAUCAAGGAGCUCACCAAGGGCAAGUCGAUUCCGGCUAACAGGGCACUGAUCGCGUCCAAUGUGGAGCGCGCCACCAACAUCGCAAAGGAGCUUCUAGCGCUGGAGGAGGAGAUGAAGGGAGAGAGCUCGGCGAAGAACUACAAUAUACCCGCAUCGUACACCCAGCCCUCAUCCUCCGCCCAAUCGGCUGCGGAGCCGCAACAGGCUGCCGCAGCACCAGCUGACCAAGAGAAAGCAGACGUUGUCGUGACUGGGGCGGUAGCAGUUGACUUUGCGUGCAACUACAUCCCACCGCCAAACGCCACCCCCGGAUCCGUGAUAUCCCCGCAACUGCACACCUCCAACCAGGCCUCCAUCCAGCAGACUCUCGGCGGCGUAGCCCACAACAUCGCCCGCGCAGCCCACCUCGCCGGCAGCUCCGUCCGCCUCUGCAGCGCCGUCGGCGACGAUGUCAUGGGCCGGGUGGCGCGGGACCUCCUCGAGCGGUCCGGCCUGCCCACAGCCAGCAUCAUCACCCGCCCAGACGCCCGCACCGGCCAGUACAUCGCCGUCAACGACGCCCACAACAACCUCACCCUGGGCAUGGCCGACAUGGACAUCAUCCAGUCCACCACCGCCACCCCAUCCACCGUCCAAUCCCUCUUCAACGCGCCCCUCGCCUCGCUGCGCCCCCACUGGCUCGUCGCCGACGCCAACUGGUCUCCCGAAACCCUCCACGCCUGGCUGCGCGCCGCCAAAAGCGCCGGCGCCCUUACCGCCUUCGAGCCCGUCUCGGCCGUCAAAUCCGCCCGCCUCUUCACCAUUAAAGACGCCCACCACCCGUUCCCGCUCUUCCCCACCCCGCUCGUCGACCUCACCACCCCCAACGCCAUCGAGCUCGAGACCAUGUGGCGCACGGCGCGCGAAGCCGAGCUGCUCGCCACGCGCGCCCACUGGGCCGUCACCAACGCCUUCAACCUGCCCCAGGGCGGCGCCACGCCGCUGCUCACCCACGCCACCUCUCCGGACCUCGUGCGCCGCGGCGUGCCCCAGCAGGCCCUGCAGCUGCUGCCGCUCGUCCCCACCAUCCUGACCACCCUCGGCCCCGACGGCGUGCUGCUGGCCAUGCUGCUGCGCCGCGGCGACGAGAGGCUAAGCAGCCCCGACGCCGCGCCGUGGAUCCUGUCGAGGGGCGUGGAUGUUGAUGUUGACGAUGAGGCGGUCGACGUUGGCGGCGUGUAUAUGCGGUUGUUCAAGCCGGAAGAGGUGUUGGGGGAUGGUGAGGUUGUGAGCGUGAAUGGCGUGGGCGAUACGUUUACGGGCGUGCUGGUGAGCGGGUUGAGUCGCGGGAUGCGGAUUGAGGAUGUGGUGCCUGUGGCACAGCGGGCGGCUGGGCUGAGCUUGAGGAGCGAGAAGGCGGUUAGUGAGGAUGUGGCCAAGGUUAAGGCGUUGCUGACGUAG